GCCUCUAGGUCAGAAUGUCCCAGGCACCACCGUGGCUGUUGGGGUUGGUGCACAUGAAGGAUGAAGAAGGCUGGGCUCCGGGGGCUGCUGUGGAUGGUCUUCAUCUCAGAACUCCAAGCUGAAAAUGAAUCAACAGAAGAAAAAUUUAUAAAAGAGGGAGAGACCCUGAAUGUAAAUUGUCCCUUCUCCACCGAGAAGUACUCCUACAGCCAGAAAGCUUGGCAGAAGCUGAUAGAUGGAAGGAAGCCUGUGACGCUGGCCUUAACAAAGAGUACUUCAGGCGAUCCUAGUCAAGUCCGGGAGGGCAGGUACUUCCUAGAAGACAUCCCCAGUGAGGCCAUCCUGCACGUCCAAAUGACCAAUCUUCAAGUGGAGGAUUCAGGAUUGUAUCGGUGUGUGAUCUACUACCUUUCCAAAGAGCCGGACGUCCUGUCCCCCCUUUUCCACCUGGUGGUGAUCAAGGAUCCUUUAAGCACCGCUGCCUCGGAUAAGAAUCAUACCUGGAAACUGCAGAUUUCCACCUUUCCUCCUACUACCACCAGAGCCCAGGGCACUCUUGUUGACAGACCCAGGACUGUGACCAAACUCCCGCCCAAAUCAACUGCUGACCUCUCCUCUCCUGGCUUUGGAGUCAACAUCACAAAUGUGACAGAUGUCACCAGCUAUGUUUUCAGGGUCUCUGUGACCAGCAUCAUCAUUAUCGUGUUGUGUGGAGUCCUGAGCAAGAGCCUGGUCUUCACGGUCCUGUUGGCUGUGACAAAGAGGUCAUUUGGACCCUAGGCCUGCGAACCCAUGAGAGUAACCUCUGACCUCAAUUUUGCCUGAGGAGGGGUGUGAGGAGGAAGGGAAGGAGGGACAGUGACAGGAGUUGAAUCUGUGACACAGGUUUUCUCUAAGGCUCAGGUCCCACCUUCCCAGCUCGGUUAAUUCACUAAUAACCUUGGAUGUGUGAGUUCGUCCCCUCAGAAGAGAAGAUUCAAUUGCAAACAUGCCCAUUCUACCAGCGGCUCCAGAUUUGCCUUAAAUAAAGACAGAGUCCAAUGCUCUUCAGUGUCGCUGUCUUGUGGGGGUUGUGCGGUGUAUGCAGAGGGCACUGCUGCUAAUUCUGCCCUUGUUCUUGCCCUGGGCCAUAACAUUUAGGCCUGACCUGGAAGGAGCUCUCACUACAGAAGCAUCCUGUUCUCCCUGCCCCUGGGCCUUCCUGUCCUCUAGAAUCAGGUGCAUGAAUUUCUCUUUUCAUCUGUGGCCCUUUCCCAUACUUCCAGAGAGGGGGGUUGAAAACCAUGGAAUGAGGAGAAGACAAGACACCAUGGUGAGAAUUCCUUAUUUGGGAUAGAGAAACCAAGUCAACCAAAAGGUUGUAUCCUGGGAAGGUAUGGGAUGAGAUAAGAUCCAAAGCAUAGGACUUAUAGAGAAUCUCAUUUGUCGAUUGGGUGCAUUGUUAGAGGAACGUUUGAUCUCUGGAUCCUUAGAACAUACCCAUGAAGGCCAAAACGUAAGUGCGUAGAAACAUACCUCAACGUAAUAAGGCCUUACAUAAACACCCCAGAGCUAACAAUAUACUCAACGGGGGAAAACUGAGAGCUUUCUCCCUAAGGUCAGGAACAAGAGAAGGAUGUCUACUCUCACUGUUUUUAUUUGACAUAGUACUGGAAGUCCUAGCCACAGCAAUUAGACAACAAAAAGAAAUAAAAGGCAUCCAAGAUGGUAAGAAAGAAGUAAAACUUUCACUAUAUGUAGAUGACGUGAUACGCUCUAUAAAAAGACCCUAAAGAGUCCAACAACAAAAAACUGUAGGAACUGAUAAAUGAAUCUAGUAAGGUCCCAUGAUACACAAUCAAUGCACAGAAAUCCAUUGUCUUCCUAUACACUAAUAAUGAAGCAGUAGAAGGAGAAAUUAAGAAAAUAAUCCCGUUUACAAUUGCACCAAAAAUAAUGAUACCUAUGAAUAAAUGUAACCAGGGGUGAAAAACCUAUACUCUAAAAACUAUAAAACAUUGAUGAAAGAAUUUGAAGAUGGCGUAAAGAAAUGGAAAGAUAUUCCAUACUUGUGGUUUGGGAGAACAAAUAUUGUUAAAGUGUCCAUAUUACUCAAAGCAAGCUACAGAUUUAAAGUAACCCCUAUCUAAACACCAACAGCCUUUUUCAUAGAACUAGAACAAACAAUCCUAAAAUUGUACAGAGACACAAAAGACCCUGAACAGCCAAAGCAAUCUUGAAAAAACAAAACAAAACAAAACACAUCACAAUUCCUGACUUCUAUAUUACAAAGCUGUAGUAAUCAAAACAGUAUGGUACUGGCACAAAAGUAGAUACAUAGGUUAAUGGAACAAAAUAGAAAGCCCAGAAAUAAACCCAUAAUUAUAUGGUAAAUUAAUCUUUGACAAAAGAGGCAAGAAUAUGCAAUGUGAAAAAGAUAGUCUCUUCGACAAAUGGUACUGGGAAAACUGGACAGCUCCAUGCAAAAGAAUGAAACUGGGCCACUCUCUUAUACCAUCCACAAAAAUACAAAAUUGAUUAAAGACCUAAAUGUGAGACCUGAAACCAUAAAAACCCUAGAAGAAAACACGGGCAAUAAUUUCUCUGACAUCAGCCGAGGGAGGGGAGCAAAAAAGCAACUAUUAAACUAUUGAGACUAUAUCACAAUAAAAACCUUCUUCACAACAAAGGAAACAACCAACAAAACUAAAAGGCCAUCUACUGAAUGUCAUUAUUUGCAAAUGACAUAUCUGAUAAAAGGUUAGUAUCCAAAAUAUACAAAGAACUUACAUGACUCAACACCAAAAAACCCAUAAAUAAUCCAAUGAAAAAAUGGGCAGGGGCACCUGGGUGGCUCAGUUGGUUAAGCGUCUGACUUUGGCUCACGUCAUGAUCUCACAGUUCAUGGUUUCAAGACCCGCAUCAGGCUCUGUGCUGACAGCUCAGAGCCUGGAGCCUGGUUUGGAUUCUGUGUCUCCCUCUCUCUCUUUCUGUCCCUCCCCUGCUCACUCUCUGUCUCUCAAAAAUAGAUAAAAACAUAAAAAAUUUAAGAAAAAAAACGGGCAGAAGAUGUGAACAGAUAUUUCUCCAAAGAAGACAUACAGAUGGUCAACAGACACAUGAAAAGAUGCUCAACAUCACUCAUCAUCAGGGAAAUGCAAAUCAAAACCAGAAUGAGAUAUUACCUCACACCUGUCAGAAUGGCUAAAAUCAACAACACAAGAAACAACAGGUGUUGGUGAGGAUGUAGAAAAAAGGGGAACUCUCUUGAACUGUCAGUGGGAAUGCAAACUGGUGCAGCCACUGUGGAAAACAAUAUGGAGGUUCCUCAAAAAAUUAAAAAUAGAAUUACCCUAUGAUCCAGGAAUCACACUAUUAGAUAUUUGUCCAAAGAAUACAGAACACUAAUUUGAAUGGAUACAUGCACCCCUAAGUUCAUUGCAGCAUUAUUUACAAUACCCAAUCUAUGGAAGCAGCCCAAGUGUCCAUCCAUAGAUGAAUGGAUAAAGAAGAUGUGGUGUAGAUACACAAUAGAUAUUACUCAGCCAUAAAAAAGAAUGAAAUCUUGGCAUUUGCAUCAACAAGGAUGGACCUAGAGAGUAUAAUGCUAAGUGAAAUAAGCCAGUCAGAGAAAGGCAAAUACCAUAUGAUUUCACUCAUAUGUGGAGUUUACGAAACAAAUGAGCCAAAAAAAAAAAAAAAAGAAAGAAAGAAAGAAAGAAAGAAAAGAAAAAAAAGAGAAAAAGAAAAAGAAAGAGCCAAACCAAAGAAUAGACUCUUAACUAUAGAGACCAAACUGAUGGUUACCAGAAGGGAGGUGGGUGAGGGGAUGGAGGAAAUAGGUGAUGGGGAUUAAGAGUACACUUAUCUUGAUGAACACUGAGUAAUGUAUGGAACUGUUGAAUCAUUAUACACCUGGAACUAAUAUAACACUGUAUGUUAUCUACAUUGGAAUUAAAAUAGAAUAAGCUAAGAUAAAAUAAAAUAAAAUGUUAAGUGAAAAAAAUAGAAGUAUGUGACUAGAAUGAGGCCACAUGAGUAGUAAGUCACUACUUACUAGCAAGAACAAAGGCUAGAGUUCCUUUGCUGAAGACCAAGGGCCUCGAAGCCAUAGAGAAUGGACCAUGGUGGAAUUCUGCCUAUGUCUAAAUGCCCCUUGUCCUUGUGUCACACGAGGGGUAGGGAUGGUGGCCCACAAAUAGGCCCCUCUCCCUUUCAGAACAGAAGAAGUAGAAAAUCAGAAAAUACUGAUUUAAAUCUGUUAGAGUUUGCAAGACAUGGCUGGGCCUGAACAUCUAUUUCAUGGGUGAGCAUGGGAGCUACAGGGGAGUUAUAGAGCAGACAGAGGAGGAAGGCAGAGUGAGAAUAAAAGUGCACACAGGGACAGACUGCAGAAGUCUACCUAGGGAAACCAAGAGGCAACGGACUGCAGAGGCCACAGUUAAGGUCAUAGCAUGAGACAAAGGGUUGGAUCACCGAUUAGAAUUCUGCACCAAAUUCCAAUGUGUGUGUGUGAAUGUUCCGGGAGGGGGUGGUUUCCCCACAUCAACAGGCAAUUCUGGGACACCAGCUGGGUGUCCUGAAAUUCAACUCAAUUCUGAUACUAUCGACCCAGAGAUAGCAUCAGAUUCCACAGAUUGAGGGCUCAGUCCCACAAAACUCUCCCUCCCCAUCUUUAGAUGCCAUUGACAAGUGCAGGCUAUUACUUGUGCUUCUGAUCUACCUGCUCUGGGAGGUUCCAGUGAUCCCCUCCUUGGAUUCCAUCAAUUUGUUAGAGCAACUCACAGAACUGAGAAACAUUUUACCUACUAGAUUACUGGUGUUUUAUAAAAGACUAUUAAAGGGUAUGAAUCAACAGCCAGAAAAAUAAAUAAGGCAAGGUCCUGAACAAAGGGGUUUCUGUCUCCAUGGAAUAUGGAGCCCAGCACAGUGGCACAUGGAAACAUUCUGGUUUCCCAGCCUGGAAGCACUCCAAACCCCCUCCUUUUUUUUUUUUUUUUUUUUUUUUUUCAUGGAGGCUCCAUUACACAGGAAUGAUUGAUGAACUCAUUGGUCAUUUGUGAGUGAUUCAAGCCCUUCUGCCUUCCCCAGAAAUCAGGGGGUGGAACUGAAAGUUUCAACCCUUGUCACAAGGUUAGUUCCCCAGGAAACAGCCCCAUUCCUUCCAGGAUUUCCAAAAGUCACCACAUUGACAAACUCAGAGGUAGCAGCAAGGGGCUUGUUACGAACAACAGGACAUCCAUGACACCUUUAUGGCUCUGAAGUGUUUCCAGGAAGUGAGAACAAGAGACCAAAUAUGACAAAAGAUGCUCCCACUGUUCUAAUGGCUCAUGAAAUUUCAAGGACUUUGGGAGCUAUGAUCCAGACGAUGUGGAUGAAGUCCAAAUAUAUAUGAGAAAUAUAUUUCGAUGAUCUGAAUGACCAAACACAUAUUUCUUAUAAUUCACAAUGUCACACAAUCUAGUGAUGUUGCCAUUGGUGCCCCUGCCCUUGCACUCUUGAAGUCACCCCGUCUUUGGCACCAUGUUUUUCCUGGGCCCUCAGUGCUUAAACUUCUUCUGUGACAGCCAUCUCCAACUGGCUCUGCAUCUUGUAUCACACCUUCGGGAUCCAGAAUCCUGGACAGGAUAUUGCGUCUGGCCAAACUUAGGUCAAGUCACAUGCGUGGCACAUAGAUGUUGGGGAGAGGGGCGGGAGAAAUCUCUGCCUCCACCCUCAAUAGUAGAGGAAGUAGAGCUCUGUGCCCUAGUGAGAGUCGUGCACUGAAGCAUGUCCCCCAGGUGGAGAAGGUAUUGGGUGCUGGAGAACCAAAAGAUGACAAAUAUCUGAUCUGUCGUGGUUACUGCUAGCACUGUCAUGUUUGUGGGCUUCAUGCCUCUGCCUGGGCUGGGAGCUUAGGGAUGCGCACAACUUGCACACAGGACGGGUACCUGACGAACGCCUCAGGGCCCAUCUGACCUCAAACGGAGCUUUUGCAGGCAUUGUCUAUUUGGACCACUUGCCUCAGAAACCCUUGGGCUGCUGGUUAAAAUGCAGAUUCCAGGGCUUUCCCAGACCGAGCAAAUUGGAAUCUCUGGGGGUUGGUGCUCAGGCAUGUGUAUGUUUGCCAGCCUCCUGAGUGAUUUAGCCACGUGCCCAUACUUGAGAACCGUGGUGUGGAGUAAGAUUAAAGAAGGCAGAUCAUCAGAAAGGUUUGAGCUCCGUCUUGGAGGACAAGCCAAAUUUGGAUGCAUGCUGUCAUUCCAGACAGGGGGAACUGGUAGGGGGGGUGCAGGAUGUAGUGGUCAGUGGCCAGGGAUGGAAUGUCCUGGCAACCUGAGGAAGUGAGUGGAAUGGAGGGGUGGGUCCAGACUUGGCAUGGUGGAGAACAGGACGCUAUUGAGUGUUGACUAAUGGGCAGUGACGUAAUAGCAGCAGGAAGGAAGAUGUCACAAGGGCAGUGUUUGCUCUUUUCUCUUCUUCUGCAUUUUCCUGAGCUGCUCUCUCUUCACACUUCCCUUCUCAACUGCAAAGUAAUAGUCAAGCCUCUCCGGGAACAUGGAAGACAUCCCUGAGGGGCAACAUCCUCCAACAAUGGGAAGAGCCCUGGGACAGCCAGUACCCAGUGGAUCCUGGGAUAGGAUGGAGGGGACAGGGCUCUGGGGUGGCCAUGGCUACUGCUGCUGCUGCUGCUGCUGCU